CAGCCACCCACUGCCUCUGCAGGAGACCCUCCAACACUAGAAGCCCCAGGACCAUGAACAACAGUACCUGCGGCUCCAGGGAGCUCCCCGGGCCCCAGGCAGUCAAGUACAUCUUAUUCAUCUACACGGGCGGGCUCCUGGUGCUGGGUCUGCUGCUCAACGGCCUGGCACUGUGGGUGCUGUGCUGCCGCCUGCUGCGCUGGACGGAGACCCGCGUCUACAUGGCCAACCUGGCCGUGGCUGACCUCUGCCUGCUCUGCGCCCUGCCCUUCUUUCUGCACUUCCUGAAGAGCAGCACAGACUCGCCACUCUGACAGCUGUCCCAGGGCAUCUACCUGGCCAACAGGUACAUGAGCAUCAGCCUGGUCAUGGCCAUCGCCGUGGACCGCUACGUGGCCGUGCGGCACCCACUGCGAGCCCGCGGGCUCCGCUCCCCACGCCAGGCCGUGGCCGUGUGCGCCGUGCUCUGGGUGCUGGUACUGGGCUCCCUGGCGCUUCGCUGGUUCCUGGAUAUGCAGGACGGCGGCUUCUGCUUCUCCAGCCGCUCCAGGCAGAAAUCCUACACCGUGGUCUUCUUGCUGCUGGGCUUCUACCUGCCGCUGGCUGUGCUGGUCUUCUGCUCUCUGCAGGUGGUGACCGCCCUGGCCCAGAGGCCAGCCGCCGACGCAGUCCAGGCGGAAGCCACCCGGAAGGCCUCCCGCAUGGUCCUGGCAAACCUGGCCGUGUUCGUGGUCUGCUUCCUGCCCUUCCACGUGGUGCUGACUCUGCGCACAGCCAUGGGCCUGCGCACCUGUGCCAUCCGUCUUGCCCUCGAGAUCACUAGCAGACUCUCGGACGCCAACUGCUGUCUGGACGCCAUCUGCUACUACUUCAUGGCCAAGGAGUUCCAGGAAGCAUCUGCGCUGACCGCCCUCCGCACCAGAGCCAAGGCCCACAAAAGCCAGGACUCUCUGUGUGUGACCUUGGCCUAGGAGGUGGCCACGGGCUCCUGGGCGGUGCUGCCGAGGCGGGGACUCGUGAGCAGCGACGAGGAGCUCCGGGGUCGGGCUGGGGGCGCUCUCACGAGGCCCAGGUGGGCAGAACAGCCUAGGCACGGAGCGUGGGGAGGAGACACCCCUAGCCCUGGGGCCGAAGAGGGGCAGGGAAGACAGCAGGAGGAUGAGGCCUGAGCGAGGCCAACGCCAGGGGCCCUGGGUGGGGCUGCACCCGGAGCCUGGUACCUCUGGGGUGCCGGGGGGUGGGGCCUCCUGGGUGCUGCGAAGCUCUGAUGGCUAGCUUUCUGCUGCUGCCCCACAGGGGCUGGAAUAAAGCUCUCGACCAAG